AUCAUAAAUUCGAAAACUAAAAAAGUUGAAAGCAUCACUUAAUUAAUACAGGGUGAUAUGCUUACUGGAUUUUAGCAGAGGUAAACACCACUAGAAGCCGACCCUAAGAAAAAAAUGUUCGUUUGAAAUUUGCUCGAUCAGCAGCGGGCAGUUCCCAUCGUCGUCCUGCAGUGAAUCAGCUAUUCUUGAAGCAGUUCCCUUCACCGUCCGGCAGUCUUCAAGUAUCCUCUCGGUGAAUCAGCUAUUCUCGCACUCAGCUGUCUUCUGGCUUAGAUAUGGCGAAUAUGGCAUGGCGGUGGCAUAAAAGCGGCGCCAUCACAUGUAUGUUGGUCUCCGUUGCCAUUGAAGGGGCCUUCAAACGCCAAUCGAGAAAUAUGACGAGCACAAUACUCGCCAUUGAUAACUUUGUCAUAAAGGUUGCCAAUGCCAAUUAUGUAAGCUUCAAAGCGCCCAUCUUUGCUAGAACUUUUGCUUCAAAGCCAUCUGAAUCGUCAUCUGGGCAAAAGCAAUCAGAGGGCAGGAAAGAGGUAUCUAAUUUUGAUGAUCCAUUUGAUGCUCCCACAUACAAUAUCCCCGAGAAGCCUAUAACAUUUACAGAGGGAGCUUCCUACAGUGUUGCCAUUCUUGCUGGGUUAGGAGUUGCUGCAGCAGCUGGAUAUGCCGUGUUCAAGGAGCUUAUUUUUCAACCAAAAGAGUAUAAAAUAUAUGGGAAGGCCCUUGAAAGGAUUCAAAAUGACAGCCAGGUCAGGGUGAGAAUUGGAGCCCCUAUUACGGGUUAUGGAUCAGAAAGCAGAAACCGGGCAGCCCGUCAACGCAUACCAAACAGGAUAUGGACUGAUGAAGAUGGAAUUGAACAUGUUGAGGUGAAUUUCUAUAUCCGAGGACCCCACGGGGCUGGCAAAGUGUUUGCAGAGAUGUUCCAAGACAAAGUGGAGAAGCAGUGGAAGUUUACUUAUUUGGUUGUAGAGAUCAGUUCACCUUCCCGGACACAACUAAUGCUCGAGUCAUAUGUCCCUGCCUAAACAAUACUCCUAAAAAAUAUUCUCCCUCCCCCAAUAGUUGGUUGUACCAUUAAGCUGUCAUUUUCUAUUGAGGAAACAAAUUUGUGGCUCAUUGUUUUUCUUUCUUUUGAAUUACAUCUCAAACCAUUGUUCUAAAUUUUCUCAAUCUACGUGCCAGUUAAAGUUGACAAACAAUUGUGGGACGGAGGUAGUCUUCUUUUACUUCCCUGGAGUUGAACAAGGAUAAGUUCUUGAAUGAGAGCACGCAUGUCUUUUGCAUUGGC